UACAUGAGACGAGAUCUAGCGCAGCAGGUAGUGAAGACCAAAAAAUGACUAGAAGAAAGCAUAAGACAGAUAACACCUCCCAUGAUACUGGUGAUAAACAUGCCGCGAAAAAGGUUAAAUCUGAUAAUGGAAAUGAAAAUGGCAGUGAGAGAGAUGUAGAUCGCGAGAGUAUCAGUGCAGAGUUUGAGAAGUUCUGUAAAGAAAUAAGUAAUCAUCUCUCUGUUGAACAAAUGCGCAAAAUCUUAGAAGCUAAUGGCCGAGGAUGUGGUUCUGAUGAUGCUGUUGUCCCGAUAUGCAUGGAUAUGGUGUAUUAUGGGCCACUUGAUCAGUGUCCGAUUUGUGGUGGUGGUCUUGAGUGGGGGCGUACGAAGUACUUCUGUACCGGUGCUUACAGCGAGUGGUCAACAUGUACAUUUAAUACUAGAGAACCUCCGAGAAAAGAAGAAGAAUUAGUGAUACCAGAUUCUAUUAAAGAUACCCCAGCUUAUGAUUUGCUCAAGGAUCAUCAAGACCCAAAGAGCCGGAACAAAAUGGUAGCAUUUGGUCCUCCCGACAAACCAUUUACAGGGAUGACCAUAUCAUUAUCUGGCCGUCUUUCUCAAACACAGCAACGUUGGAAGAGGGAUAUUGAAGAGCAUGGAGGGAAGGUGGCCAACUCGGUUCUUGGGGUCACUUGUCUUAUUGUUUCCCCUUCUGAUCGUGAACGAGGAGGAUCAUCCAAAGUUACUGAAGCAGUGGAGAAUGGUAUACCUGUCGUUACGGAAGCUUGGUUACUUGAUUGCAUUAAGAAACAAGAAGCACUUCCUUUGGAUGCCUAUGACGUUGUUAGUGAUCUUGCGGUAGAGGGGAAAGGGAUCCCUUGGAGUAAACAAGAUCCUGAUAAUGAAGCUCUUGAAUCCAUUGCUGCAGAGUUGAAGAUCUAUGGGAAGAGAGGAGUGUACAAAGAUAGCAAGUUGGAAGAGAUUGGGGGAAAGAUCUUUGAGAAGGAUGGAAUACUGUUUAACUGUCUCUUUUCUCUUUCCGAUAAAGGCAGAGAGCUAAACGAGUUCUCUGUUAUGCAAUUAAUUGAAGUUCCCAACAAGAACUUGCAUUUGUAUUACAAGAAAGGAAAUGUUGGCAAUGACCCUAGGGCUGAGGAGCAACUUGUGGAAUGGGAAAAUGUAGAUGAUGCUAUUACUGAUUUUAAGAGAUUGUUUGAGGAACUGACUGGCAACGAAUUUGAGCCAUGGGAGAGAGAAAAGAAGUUCAAAAAAAAGCUUCGGAAGUUCUUCCCAGUUGACAUGGCCGACGGCUAUGAUGUUCGAUAUGGUGGGCUUGGGCUUCGUCAGCUUGGAGUAGCAGCUGCUCACUGCAAACUCGAUCCAAUGGUGGCAAGCUUUAUGAAAGUAUUAUGCAGUCAAGAGAUAUACAGGUAUGCUCUUAUGGAGUUGGGAAUGGAUUCUCCUGACCUUCCUAUAGGAAUGCUUUCAGAGGUUCACCUGCAAAUAUGUGAAGAAACCCUUCUUGAAUUGGUAGAAAAGAUUAAAGGUAUGAAGGAGGAAGGGCAGAAGGCUAUGGCUGUGUGGUCCGACUUUAGCCAGAGAUGGUUUACUCUUCUGCAUUCAACUAGACCAUUCAUUUUCAAGAGCUUCAAUGAUAUGGCAGACCAUGCUGCGUCCGCUUUUGAGACUGUUCGAGACAUCGUUACAGCAUCACACCUUGUAGGGAAUAUGAGAGGUUCUACCCUUGAUGAUCCACUUACUGAGUGUUAUAAAAGGUUGGGCUGUGCGAUAUCUCCUGUGGAGAAUGAUUCGGAUGACUAUAAGAUGAUCAUAAACUAUCUGGAAAAGACUUAUGAACCUGUCAAAGUGGGAGAAAUUAGUUACUCUGCAUCCGUUGAAAAUAUAUAUGCGGUUGAGUUGAGUGCUUGCCCUUCCUUUGAAGAGAUCAAGAAGCUGCCAAACAAAGUCUUGCUUUGGUGUGGUACAAGGAGCUCGAAUCUGAUGCGACACUUGAACAAAGGAUUCUUGCCAGCGGUUUGCCAGCUCCCAGUUCCCGGGUACAUGUUUGGGAAAGCAAUCGUAUGCUCUGAUGCUGCAGCUGAAGCUGCAAGGUAUGGUUUUACUGCGGUGGAUAGGCCAGAGGGUUUCCUGGUUCUGGCUGUCGCUUCUUUGGGCGAGAAGGUUGUCGAGGUCACCAGUCCUCCGAAGGAGAAGGAGACCAAAUCUUACGAGGACAAAAAGCUUGGAGUGUUAGGGCUAGGAAGGAAGAAAACCGAUGAAGCGGAACACAUUAUGUGGAAGGAUGACAUUAAGGUGCCUUGCGGCCGAUUGGUUCCAUCAGAACACAAAGACAGUGUCCUUGAUUACAAUGAAUAUGCUGUUUAUGAUCCUCAACAGGUUAGCAUAAGGUUCCUGGUGAAGGUGAAGUUCGAGGAGCAAGACGUGGAGUACGAGGAGGCUUCACCGGAAUGAAGCUGAAGAUUCUGGCAGCAGUGGCAGAUGGGAGUUUUGUAAAUGGAGGUAAUGCUUAAAGGACCGUGGUCGAUGUAGUCUAGUCUAGUCUAUCCGCAUUCUCGCCAUUUUGUGGUCUGGUAUGGUUUUUGAGGAUGCUGAUUAGUAAGUUGAUGUUUUGUACAUUAAGGUUCUUUUAUGGUAUGGUCUCAUCUGCUUGUAGUGUGCCAUUGCUGGGCAUCCUAGAUAGUGAACUAUGUGAAAGAUUGUUUGUAAUCUUCAGCCAACUAGUAUUAUUACUGUUUUGCUUAUA